UGAAAAUCCAGGGUGGGUUGGUGGCGUAGAGGGACGUGGUGGCAGAGUUGGCAUGCUUCUUCCCAAAGAGUUUGCUGAAGGUUCCCUGCAUCGUCUGGUUCUUUUUCAUGCUGCUGCAGGCCUGUCUGUCCCCGAGGGAAGGACUUGCCCUCCCGCGCUCUGUCCUGCCCCUGACUGAACUCCGCAGCGUCUCCGCAGGGGACACUACCAGGCCAUGGCCCCCAGCCGCGCUCCCCGCCCGCGCACCCCACGACAGGUGGUGCGGGCGCCGCCGCCGCUCGCCUGGAAAUGCGAGCUACCUGGACAGUGACAUUUCUGAGAAGUCCCCUUCGGCUUCAAGAGACAAGAAGAGCCAUGCCUUCGGGGCUUGCUGCUGUGCGGACAUUGUUUUCCAGGACUCACAAAAAUCCUCAACCCCCAGCCAUGGACAAAAGAUGCCAUCAGACAAAAAAGUGAAGACGCCGCCGUCACCCCGGCCACCACCGCUGUCACAGACGUGGAAACGAGACCGAGAGCAGUCCCUGGUGGCAGCUUUUGUACCAGUAGUGGUGGAUCCUCGGGGGCACAACCCAGAUAACAUCAGGUUCAAUUUCUACACCUCCCAGUACUCCAACUCUCUGAACCCCUUCUACACCUUGCAGAAACCCACCUGUGGCUACCUGUACCGCAGGGAGACUGACCACACCCGCAAACUUUUCGAUGUUCCUCCAGCGAAUCUAAUCUUGUGGCGUACCUAA